CAGCUGCUGAUGCUCGGAAGGUAGAGUUGCUGUCCUGAAGGUAGUCAGUGGGUGGGAGCCCGAAGCGAAGCCGCAGCCAUGCGUGAGAUCGUGCAUAUCCAAGCCGGCCAAUGCGGGAACCAGAUCGGAGCCAAGUUCUGGGAGGUCAUCAGCGACGAGCAUGGCAUUGACCCCACCGGCAGCUACCACGGAGACAGUGACCUGCAGCUGGAGAGGAUCAACGUCUACUACAAUGAAGCGGCUGGAAAUAAGUAUGUUCCCCGUGCAAUCCUCGUUGACCUGGAGCCGGGCACAAUGGACUCAGUCAGGUCUGGACCUUUCGGACAGAUCUUUAGACCUGAUAACUUUGUCUUUGGCCAGAGUGGUGCUGGGAACAACUGGGCCAAGGGCCACUACACAGAGGGAGCAGAGCUAGUGGACUCUGUGCUGGAUGUAGUAAGGAAGGAGUCUGAAAGCUGCGAUUGCUUGCAGGGCUUCCAACUCACCCACUCGUUGGGUGGUGGCACUGGAUCUGGCAUGGGAACGCUUCUCAUCAGCAAGAUUAGGGAGGAAUAUCCUGAUAGGAUCAUGAACACCUUCAGUGUAAUGCCAUCACCAAAGGUCUCAGACACAGUGGUUGAGCCAUACAACGCCACCCUCUCUGUCCACCAGCUGGUGGAGAACACGGAUGAAACCUACUCUAUUGACAAUGAGGCUCUAUAUGACAUCUGCUUCCGCACACUGAAACUCACAACUCCAACCUACGGGGAUCUCAACCACUUGGUGUCUGCCACCAUGAGUGGUGUGACCACCUGCCUCCGGUUCCCUGGCCAACUGAAUGCAGACCUUCGCAAGCUGGCGGUCAACAUGGUGCCUUUCCCUCGCCUGCACUUCUUCAUGCCUGGCUUUGCUCCCUUGACGAGCCGUGGCAGCCAACAGUAUCGUGCCCUGACCGUCCCGGAGCUGACUCAGCAGAUGUUUGAUUCCAAAAACAUGAUGGCGGCCUGUGACCCCCGCCACGGCCGAUACCUGACGGUGGCAGCCAUCUUCCGGGGCAGAAUGUCCAUGAAGGAGGUGGAUGAGCAGAUGCUGAACGUCCAGAACAAGAACAGCAGCUACUUUGUGGAAUGGAUUCCCAACAACGUGAAGACGGCGGUGUGUGACAUUCCACCCCGAGGCCUGAAGAUGUCUGCCACCUUCAUCGGCAACAGCACCGCCAUCCAGGAGCUGUUCAAGAGAAUCUCCGAGCAGUUCACAGCCAUGUUCCGGCGGAAGGCCUUCUUGCACUGGUACACCGGUGAAGGCAUGGAUGAGAUGGAGUUCACGGAAGCCGAGAGCAAUAUGAAUGACCUGGUGUCUGAGUACCAGCAAUAUCAAGAUGCUACAGCAGAUGAGCAAGGGGAGUUUGAGGAGGAAGGAGAGGAGGAUGAGGCUUAGAGGUUGAGUAGGGUUAGUCCAUAGGCAAGUGUCCAAGGUGAGAGCUGUUCAGCUGUACCAGUGCAUGCUUUUCCAGUUAUUCUUGGUGCUUUUCACUGUUGCCUCUGUCAGCAGUUUUUGUGACCCUGCUCUAUUACUUCAAUAUUUAUAAAUUGGCAAAAUUAUUUAAUUAGGGAGAUCCAAGUCAUACAAAUCCCAUUAAAAUUCAAGUGCUAUGAAGCUGAACUGUUCAUCAACUGUGCUGGUGGUAGGACCAGCUUUACAUUGUGUAUUGAAAUCUUAAGAAUAACUUGCUUCUAAGUUUAUGCAGCUAUAGGUUCUGCACCUCUAAUUGGUACUUAAGAUAAUUCUCAAGGAAAAUUACUGCAGGGAUUAAAGUUUUAUUAAAGAGAUGUUAAUAGUUUAUCUAAACCAAGGAGGAGAUUUAUUGAGUGCUGUACAAACAAAGCUUCUCUAGGUUUGUACUUUUUAGAUAUGUUGUAACUUGCAACUCCCAGAUUUUCCAGCCAGCACAGAUUUUUCUUUCCUGGAAACAGUUGGCGCUACAGCCCCAACACUUCUGGAGGGUGUUACAUUGGAGAAGACUUGUGUUCCCAUCAUUACUGACCAUUGAUCUUGAUUCCACUGGAAAGGCAGUAACCAAGAAAUACUGGCUUACAGAGCCCAAUUAGAGUAAGCAGAAAUCUUUUUUCUUCUACCCCAUGAAAUAAUUUUGCACAUGCUAAAGAAUAUUCUACACAAUUGCAGAGGCAUAUGGCAAACUUAUUUUGAUUACUUUUUCCUCAUCUUGUGUUAUCACAAUACACAAGGUAGAAAUGUGUAUAGUUGUGAUUAGAAUUCCAUGUGUAGCUUAGAACAUUUUAGUUGUGAUUUGAACUGAUCAUUUCCAACUGUUGGGAUUGGGCUCCUGAAAACAUGCAGGUAUUGCAACAACUGGAUUCUAAAACUAUUUUUUAAUAGAGGAGAGGAUUGUUAUCAUUGGCUUGUAUAGUUAGGAGCUUAUUCCCUCUUACUCUAAUAACUAAGAUGUAUUUUUUAAUAUUCAGAGUCAUUGUUCAAAAUCAAGUCUGCCAGCAUUUCUUAAAAAAAAUAACCCUUAAGACUGUUGGGCAGAAAUGGGCACAAUCGCAACUAGAACACUAGUAGAGCAGGCAUGAAUUCAAACAGCUGGUAUUGAGCAUGUUUUCUGUGGCACUGUCUUACGUUGGCUUUCUUUUGUGUGUUGUGUAAACUCAUCAAAGAUGUCUGCUGUACAAUUAAAUUCUACAAUGGCUUUUGUGUGGUGUUUAAUGUUGAGGACUCUGUAUCAAGGCAUGCAUUCUGGAUAACGGCUUCUGUUUGUGCUUUUCAAGAUGAAUCUGGGCAAUAAAGUAUUUAUUGAAACUUA